AUGAAUCUUCGAGCCGCGGGCCUUCGCAAGGCCCGCCGCCAACCCUCUUUCACAUGGCUUUUACUCCUCAUUGCCAUCUUGAUGAUGGCGCAAAUAUCCUUCGCCCAGGAUACUACUGCGGAUGACCCUGCGCCGACAACGGAUGUAACGACUAAGGAGACUACUACAGCUACGACAAACGACGGCACUACAACGACAUCAAAGACCACGAAAGCGUCCACAACAGACAAAUCAGCAACGACAACAACAACUGGGUCCUCAACAUCUACAGACUCCAGUACAACCUCCACCGAAACGAACGAUUACCCCGUGGUGACAGUGCCCCCACUCGCCGAUGCACCAUACAUGCAAACAUCAGAUACUCCCGAAGGGACCGUCUUCAUCGCCGUCGGUGCAGUUCUAGGCUUCCUGGGUCUCGCGCUACUAGCAUGGCGCGGCAUGGUCGCAUGGUCCGUAAACCGGUCCGUCCGCAAAGCAGCCAUUAUACAAUCCUCCGAGGCAAAAGGACUCCUCCGCCAUAGGAGAAAGAGAUCUGCGCACCGCUCGCACGGCGGCCCAGCACCAGCCGUCUCCUUAGAAAAAAUGAGCGGCGGGCAUCGCACAAACCCUCGCUCCUCCAAGGGCCCAAGAUCCAACAGUGGGUUGUUCUUCUCCCCCACGGCUGGAAUGCACAGCGGUGGAAACAGAGGUUCAAGUUAUCUUCCCGCGGGGUAUUAUGCUGCUGGGAGCGCUGCUGCUGGUAGCGGAAGCCACCAGAGUAUGCAGUUCUCCGCGCCUGAUCUUCCGGGUAUGGGCCCGCAGGCACAGGGGUACACGAGGACAAAAUCGGGACCCAGCCCACCUGGCACACCUACCCAUACCCCUGGUGUCUAUGAACCUCAGUUUAACACUUCGAGAUAUUCCCACAUGGCGUCCAAUAGCUCUGUCAAUCUUGCAUCUCCUACGCAAGGAAGGACCCCUAGUGCCUACUUGGAAGACCUAUUCGAGAACCAUCCUCCCCACAAUAGAAAGUAG